UUAUAAGCACAUCAUUUUAAUACACUACAUAGUUUUAAGAUGGAUGUUGUCGACUCAAUUUGAUUUAAACAAUAAUGGGUAUGCUUGAUUGGGAGAGAAUACAGAAAGCAGAUCCACUUGAUAUUGCAAAUGAUGAAGAUACUGCUGAGCAGUUUUUUGAAAUACUUGCUGAUGGUGACCUUAAUGAAGAAGAUGCAGAAAUAGGCAACCAACAACUUAUGGUUAAACUUUUCCAUGUUGCUAAAGCGGUACUUAGUGUUAAAGGUCUUCAGUAUGAGGCUGCUAUUGAUGAGAUGGAGAAAAUUACCCAAGAAGCUGCAGGUGCAAAAGAGAAAGAAAUGUUGGCCGAAAUAGAGCAUUUACAAGGAGAGCUGGAGCAAUACAAAAAAUACUCAGGGACAGGCGACAAAUACUUCCGCACAGAGAUUUUACAACUGGAAGAAAGAAAUAAAAUGCUUGAGAAAGAAUUGCAAGAACUUGAACGCAGAUUAUUAAAAGAACAGAACUCUUACGAUAGGGUUAAUUCAGAAAUGCAAAGUAUGGAAAAUAGAUACCAAGAUACAAAGAGAGAGUUGGAUCGAGCAUUAUCAGAUAUUAAGGAAUAUCAAAGACAAUUCCAGUCACAGCGUGAAAGUAUGAUUGUUCGCCGAAGCAAUGUUGAGGAUGUAAAAGAUCAAAUAAGUAAGAAGAAUCGGGAGUUGUCUCAGUAUCUUGAUGAGGUUAAGCAACUUCAAGAAGCAAACGAUGAACUUCAGUCUGAAGUGGGAAAUGCUAAAAAAGAAUUAGAGCAAGCAACUCAUGAUAUGAACAAUAUGGCUGAUGAUUAUACCAAGUUAAAGAAAGUAUUAGAGGAUACAGAUUCAGUUGUUGAAGAUAUGAGAAAAGAGAGAGAUAUUCUACGUUCUCAGAUUCAAGACAUGGAAUCACAGUUACAAACCAAAGCUUCAGGGGAUGAUGAAAUUAUGUUGGCCUUAAACAAAAAAGUUUCAGAGUGGAAGGAUAUUAUGUCAACUAAAGAUGAAGAAAUCAACAGACGAAAUCAAGAGAUCAUCGAGUUAGAAAAACAACUUCAAGCGUCUCGUAUGGAUUCUGAUAGAAAUGCAAUGAUUGAUUUGAUGGAGGCUAACACUAAGAAAGACGAGCAAAUAAAGGAGCUGAAGAAAAAACUUGAAUUGGCAACGAAAGAUUACGAGGACGUGACCGAUCACAUAAACACAUUAAAAAGCAAAACAAAAGAUGGUGUUCCAUCUCUAUAUCAGCAAAAGAAAAUACAGUCACUUAACAGGACGCUUGAAAGGGAACAAUCCAACACUGUGAGGGAGAGAGAAAGAGUUAUGGAGAUCGAACAAGAUGUUAUAGAUAAAGAUAAAGAAAUAGCAGAACUCACUAAUAGACUAAUACAGUAUGAACAAGGACAAUAUGGACUAGCUGAGGCUGUUUUGGAAAUUAAAGAUUGUCGAGCACAAAUGCGUGUUCGUGAUAAGAACAUAGAAGAUCUAACAAAAAAUAUCAAUGACCUGCAUGUAGAAAUCGAGCACUUAGAUUUAGAGAAUGAAGAAAUGCGUGAAAGGUUAGGGAUAGGUUCUCGAGAAGAACUGGAUACAAAUGCUAUUCGCAAGAAACGUGCAGUUAAAGAAGAACAGGCUCAAGCGUUAAAUCUUGUGCUGCAAAAAGAGGUUGAAAAACUGGAAGAAGAAAGAGUACAACUUAAGAGAGCAUUGCGUAAGCAUGCUAUGGAGAAAGGUGAAAGGGCUGUAGAGCUUGGCCUAUCUGUCAUGGACUUAGAACCAAUUGAUGAUGAAAUUGUUAUUACAUCCUCCAGGUCGAAAAUCGUUAGACCAUCUACAGUUCGUAUAGAUCAAGAGUCAAUGCAUGAAUCAAUAAAAGAGACGAAAAACAUUGAAAAUCUAGUUAUCCAAUCAAAAUUGCUUGAGGACGAGAACAAGGUUUUAAAAAAUGAAAAUAAUCAGCUUGAGAUUGGAUUGCGAGAAAUUCACGGAGCUCUUAAAUCAGGUAUUGAUUCAAAUACACCUGUAAAAGUACCAGCUUUGGAUAAGCUUAUCGCAAUAAUUGAAGAAAGAAGCGCAACUGGUCAGUAUGACACUACAGUUCAACUGAAAGCACAAAUUCAACAUUUAAGUGGUCGAAAUGAAGAACUAAGGUCAGAGUUAAGGAAUGCGCAGCAUGAAAUCAACAAGACAAUAACUGAACUUGACAAAAGAGCUCAAAGGAUUGAAAUUCUUGAAAAGGAAACAGAAUCGUUAAAAGAACUGAGUGAAGGGGUCAUCAAGUUGAAUCCAUUGCCUCUACCCGAAGGAGUGGCUCCAACAUCGAAAGAUAUUAUCGCAUGUUUAAAUGAGUACUUGAUACAGAUAUUACAGGAACUUUCAAAUAAAGAAGAACUCUGUAUGCAAAUGGAAAACGCUUUGGAGGAAAGUCGUCGUAAUUUCUCUGUUGCCAUUCACCAGCAGGGGUUGCUAUAUAAAGAACAUUUGGAAUUGAAAUCAGAAAGUGAUAAAGAGAAGAAUAAGUUAACGGAGGAGAAGGAGGAAGCUCUACUGUCAAAAGAUCAAAAUGACAUUCGCCUCCAAGAAUUUGAGAAGCUUCUCGAAAACUUAAAAACUGAUCCGAAUAAGUUUAAACAAUUACUUGCUGAAUUAACUCGAAAACUUACCGUGUUGCGCGUAAAUGAGAAAUCACUCACCAGACGCUAUACUAUUCUACAAGAAGUUGAGAAGAACCUACGCAAAGCGAACAGCAGACUGCAUAACGAUGCCUUGGACAUCCACGAAGCUGUUACCAAAAAGAUUGGUGAUCUAGAAAGACAUAAGGAAAUCUCUAGUUACAAGAUUACAGCCUUACAAAAAGCGUUAGAAGACACUGUGCCUAUUUCAGAGUUGGAGUUGACGAAUCGAAAAUAUAAUGAGCUGACAUCCAAAUAUCGUGAUUUGCUGCAACAGGAAAAUGUUCUUGUUGCAAGGUCUUCGGCAGUCGAAACUUUACAAGCUGAAUUAAAGGCUUAUCAGCAUACAGACAAGACAAUAAAAGAGAAGUUGCAACUUGAAAAGGAGCGAUCGUACGCUCUAGAGCAAACAUUAACAGAAUUGUUACACAAACUUGGAAAAGAAGCUGAUGGAGCAGCUCAAUAUCAAACUGAAGAAAUUGCUUCGGUGGCCAGAAAACUUGCAACUCUUGAGAUGAAGGAAUUGAAUGAACGACAGCGUGCUGAUCAUGCAACGCAGAAGUAUGAUCAGUUGCGAUCACUGCUUACUGAAUUGGAAAAUAGAAAUGCUGAAUUAGAACAAAAAUUUGCUGAGAUUGCAAAAUUAAACUUAGAUUGUCAAAGGAUAGAGAGAGAACUUAGAGAUGAACUUUCCAACUGUGUUCCAGCUGAAAUUGCCAGAGCUGACAAAGCAUUAAUACAAAAGCUGGAGGAGAGUGAAGGUGUUUUAAAAGUGGAGAAUUCAAGAUUAAAAGAAGUCGCUGAUAUAGCACAACACCAGACGGAGACGGUAACCUUGAGGCAAAAAUCACAGGAGAAGGAGUUAAUGUCACUUCGCAAACAACUAUAUGAAUUGCAAAUGGAAACAGAUGAGAAGACUAUUAUUGCAAAACUUCAUCAACAAAUAGUUGCUUUGCAAGUAAGUGAGUCAACAGCUGUGAGAAAACUAAAAAUUGCCAAAACGAAACUCUCCAAACAAGAAGCAUACACAAUGAAACAGCAACACGCUAUUGAUGAGAAAAAUGAAGGAAUGUACCAUUUACGCUCUGAAACAAGAGCAAAGACACGGUUUUUGAAGAAAGUAAUUCAAGAUUUACGUAGACAAUUUAGUGGAGCUCUGCCCUUAGGUCAACAGGAACGAUUUUCUGAGACACUGCGAUCAUUGCAAGAACGUAAAAUUGAGCUGGAGACUGCUUUGAAUGAGGCAAGAGCAAAAUACCAAGCAGCAGAAGACUUCUCUGUGGAGCUUAAACUUCGAUAUGACGGGUUACAAGAAUUGAUUGUCACUUUAAAAGAUGGCCAGGGUGCAAAAAAGGUUGCUGAAUGGCAUGCAAGAAUGGGUGAAAUAAAAUUAGAAGAUAUGAAAUUAAAACGUGAUAUUGAAAAACUAAAAGAAAAGAUUUUAUAUUUGGAACGAGUCAAUAAAAAACAGGAAAACCUAAUCGGUAUAUUAGAAGAAGACAACAUCAAACAGGCUAAGGAGUACGAGGAUAGACAGUUACUGUUUGAACAACAUGAAGUUGAACUAGAAAGAUCAAUUGCCAAACUUGAACGACAACAACAAGAUAUGAUGGAGGCUGCAAGAAAGUUUGAGGAAGCCACUGGAUCAAUUCCUGAUGAAUCUCUUCCAGUCGCAAAUCAGCUUGAUCUAGCUGUCGGCAAGAUCAAAGAGCAUAUCAAAACAAUAAUUAUUACAAGAGCUGAAGCUAACAAAAUGAAAGAGGACACAGAUUCCAUGAAAGAAAAGUUAAGAGCUGCUGAAACUUCACUGAUGCAUAAAGAUAAAAUUAUAAACGACCUGCGACUUCGACUUCCUAUCAGUCAAAGAGACGUGCAGUUGCUAUCCGAUAUUCCAUAUGACACUAAACCGCAACAGAGUGCAGAAGAAAGACAAGCUUUAAGGGUUGCCCAAACAACUGUUGAAAGUUUAAAGUUGAUGUUACAGAAAAAAGAUGAAAACUUGACCAAGUAUCAAGAUAUGUUGAAUAAGUCGCGAGAGGAGCUUCGAAGCCAGGCAGACACGCAUCGACAGGAAAUGAAAGUUUUACAAGAGAGACUACAACUGGAGAUAGAGGAACAUAUAAAGAAGAUUAAAAGAGUCCAUCAUGAAUUUGUGAAUGCACCACAAGCAGUUGUUCCAACCAGUAAACAGUUAAAAAGACUUGCAGAGUUGGAAGAAAUGGUUGAUGAACAAGAUAACGCUUUGGGAACUGCUUCACAUAAAUACCGAAAAGGAUUGGAAGACCUUAAAAACUUGAAACUCGAAGCAGAGGAGAAUAUAAAGAUCUUGAAGCAACAAAUGAACGAGAUGCGAAAUAAGUAUGAAAAUGAAAGAAAACAGUUGGAAGAAGUGAUAGAAGGAAAGAAUAAUAUAGUAAAAGAGAAAGAGUUGGAGAUAGAAGUGUUACAAGAAGAAUUGAAAUCUGCUAAAGAAGCCAAUGAAAAGGCUCCUUCAAAAACAAUGAAGAGUCUUGUCGAACGUUUGAGGAAUCAGCUUGCAAAGAAAGAAAAAGAACAAAAGGCAUUGAGCCAGGCAUUAUUUCAAAUCCGCUCAGAUAUGGUUUCUACUGCAGAGGAAAAUGUUCAGUCUUAUGCAAAGAAAAUUGAGGAUGAGAUUAGUGUUCAGAGGCUUAUUGAAAAAGAAACAAUGGAAUUAAAUAACCGCAUCCAAGAGCUGCAAGAAAGGAUGGAGAAAAUGAAAAAGGAAUUGAAACGAAAGAAAGACAGUGAAUCUAACAUGACAUUUGAUGUUGAGAGCUUGAAGAAGGACUUGCAAAAAAGAGAUGCAGCAUUAAAGGAGAUGGCAUUGGAGUUAAAGGAAAGAGAAGAUUUGGUAGACAAGUACGAAAAGUUAAAAGCUGAAAAUAAGAAAUUGAAAUCCGCGGUGGAGAAACGUACAAUUGUAUCAGAAGAAGUUAUCAAGCCAAGUAAAGAGAAUGUUGAUGAAAGUCAACCAAUUGGUUCAUCUGACGAGAGACCUGCCAAAGAUUUAAAAAAUAAAGAGGAGGUGGUGCGAUGGGAAGAAAGCAAAAAAUGGCAAAAGAAAGUUGAAACGUUGAAAACAAAACUGAAAGAAAAAACAGAAGAAUGUGCUCAGUUAGACAAAACAAACCUAAUGCUUCGUGAAGGGUUAUCGAGACAAGAAAGAGAUAAAUUGACGCUACAGAAUAGAUUGAAAAGUGUGUCUAAAAGUCAUGGAGUUGAUUAUCGUGGAACAUCUCUUCACAACGAAGAUGUUAUUGCUGGUUUAAAACAAAAGAUUUUCGAACUGGAGGAUGAGAACAACGAUUUAACCAAGCGACUUAAUCUGGACAGAGAAAAAGAAAUCCAGGAGCUACGUAUUCGCAAUAGUCAGUUGAAUGAGUCGGUUCACGCUUUAGAAUCUGAACUAGCAAGACAACAGAAGGAACACGAUCCUGAUGGAUACAAUUGGAGUGUUUAUCGAGAGCAGGAACUGCAGAAAGAAAUGCUGGAAGUAAGAAAGGAAAAUAUGGAAUUGAGAUUUGAGAAUGAACAAGCCCAUAAAGACGUUCCACGAUUAAAGGCUCGAGUGGCUGAUUUGCAAGAAUAUGUCGAGAUAUUGAAGAAUGAAAUCGAGUCUUUGAAAAAGAAAGACAAAUCAAAAAAAGCAGCUAUGGGAACUGGAAUGGGUGGACAAUCAGUUGAAGACAUGGAACGAGUUAUUGCUGCGAUGCGAAGAGUUGUUGAAAGAUUACAAGUUGAGAACGAGACGUUAAAAAAACAGAGUGGAAAACCUAGACCGCAUGGUGAACUAACCAAAGAAAAUCGAUAUUUAAAACAAGAACUGCAACGCUUAAAACAACUGCAGACAGCAGAUAACAGAAGAGUGCAAGUGUCAGCACCAAAGUCAACUGCUAAACUCAUACAAGAAAAUGAUAAACUGAGGAAGGAUUUGAAAAAGGUGAACGAGGAAAAUGAAAAACUGCGAAUUACGAAUGGUAAUUUACAACUAAUAAAUGAGAAAUUAAAUAAUGAUAUAAAAGAGAAAGACGAUGCGUUAUCAGAAGUCAAUAACAAGAUAGAGGCUUCCUUCACCAGCACUGAUGGAAAAUCCAAAUCACUAGUCGUGAAUAAAUUGUAUGAGCAAAAGAUUAAAUCGUUUGAAAAGGAAAUUCAAAAGAAGAAUACUAUAUUGAAAGACAUCAAAACCCACUUAAGGGGUGCAGCAGAAAGAGAAGCGGAAUUACUUCGCAAGAUUGAUGAUUUGGAAGGAAAGGUGAUUUUCCUGCAAGACUUUCCACCCGGCAUACACACAGAAAGCGACGUGGCUAAACAAUUGCAACAGAAACGACUUCAAGUCAAUCGAUUAGAAGCCGAAAAGAAAGAAUUAACGUUUGAAUUAGAUCGUUUGCGACAGCUAACUAAUAACGGCGAAGUUUCUGUGGACGUGACGCAAGAUGAAGUUUUAAACAAACUUCGAAACUACGACAAAAUGUUGUCUGUUGAGGUUGAUUUAAGGACGAGGAUAAAAGGUAUGGAAAUUGAAAGAGAAAAACAUUCUGCAGAAAAUAAGAAGCUAAAAAAAGAAUUAUUAGCGUUUGAUCCAGCUUUCUUCGAAGAGUUAGAAGAUCUAAAAUACAAUUAUAAAAAAUCAAUGGAGCGUAAUAUACUCUAUGAGAAACAAUUAAAACAGUUAUCCAAUCAGUUUGGAGUACAAGUUCAUAUACCAAUCAACGAUGACCAAGGUGACACGUGACAUAGAAUAAACAAAUUUGUAAAUAAGAUAAUAAGUUAUAGAUUACUAUGUGUCAAGAUAUUUAUAAUAAAAUGCUUAUAGUUUCAAAGCCGA